UGUGCUUCUAUACAGUAGUCAUCAAGUUUCGUCGUAGGUUGGUUGACAGACGACAGUCCAGAAUUUGAUGACACUGCAACUGGCAAUCCCUACCAGCUAACUAGUCAAGCACAUCCUACUUAGAAGCAACCGCUGAAGAUUGCAAAAGACAUUCCAACUGUGCUGAAAGGUGAGACGUAGGCAAUUACUUUUCGUUCUUCGGCAGCGAAUCCAGGUCGUUCAUCUGCACGAGAGUUUGGGCAGGUUUAUUUUGUCCCACAGCGGGGACACUCAAUUGGCCUAAAUUAGAGCGUGACUGGAGGCCCAGGGGUCUGUUGCCAAAAGACGCGUUUUGUUUUGGAUUUUUUUUUAUCACUCAAGAGGGAGGUCGACUAACGGCAUCAGCAUAUUGAAGUGAAAGUAUACAACGAAUGCUAGGCGGCGGCAGCAGCAGCAGUGCAAUUGUGAAGUGUGGAGAAAUGCAGCUUCUAUGAGAACGAAGAACAUGACUUCGACGUUGUCACCAGACCAGUAUUAAGAUUACCGCCCCCGGAUCUACAAACUGAAACCGAGUGCCAGCUCAUUGGAGCCCAGUUGGAGCCGACCAAGAGACGCAAAAAGCACAUCCAGGCCAUAUCCCGAACCAUCUCCACUACCAACGCAGUAGAGAUGCGUCGCAAUAUCCGAGUACUGCUCAAAUACGCCCUCGGUGGCGGUUUUGUCCUCCUAUUCCUAACGCUUCUGGUCCGCUCGUUCAGCAUGGUGGACAAACAGAACGCCGUUGAUCACCCGCCUGCCGCAGCGGAACGGCAUGUCCAACACCGGAAGCAGGGUUCCUUCUUCAAUGGGCCACCGAAGAACGUCCACUCGAAGCGAAUCGAUUGGCACGACUAUCGGCUGAUAGAGGCCGAGGAGAAACGGGCCGGGGUGGGGGAACAUGGGAUCGCCGGGCAUCUGGAGAAGAAGGACGAAGUGAUGAAGGAUAAGCUGUUCAAGAAGAACGGUUUCAAUGCCGUGCUGAGCGAUUUGAUCUCGUUGAAUCGAUCUCUGCCGGAUAUCCGGCACAAAGGCUGUCGGAAGAAGACAUAUCUGAGUGAGCUGCCCACGGUCAGUGUUGUGGUUCCGUUCUACAACGAGCAUUGGAGUACGCUGCUGCGGACGGCCUCCAGUGUUCUGCUUAGAUCACCCCCGGAAUUAAUCACGGAGAUCAUCCUGGUGGAUGAUUGCAGUACGAAGGAAUUUUUGAAGGAUCAGCUUGAUCGGUACGUGGAGGAGAAUAUGUCCAAGGUGAAGGUGGUCCAUUUGCCGGAACGAUCGGGGUUGAUCACGGCCCGCCUGGCGGGUGCUAAAGUCGCAACUGCCGAUGUCUUGAUCUUCCUGGAUUCACACACGGAAGCGAACAUAAACUGGCUGCCACCCUUGUUGGAACCGAUCGCCGAAGACUACAGGACGUGCGUAUGUCCGUUCAUCGACGUCAUAGACUGGGAUACGUUCGAAUACCGGGCUCAGGACGAGGGAGCUCGUGGUGCAUUCGAUUGGAAGUUCUUCUACAAGAGGUUACCACUGCUGCAGAAAGACUUGGAGAACCCAACCGAGCCUUUCGAGAGUCCUGUCAUGGCUGGAGGAUUGUUUGCUAUUAGUAGCAAAUUUUUCUGGGAGCUCGGCGGUUACGAUGAGGGAUUGGACAUUUGGGGAGGCGAACAGUACGAGUUGAGUUUCAAGAUAUGGCAGUGCGGUGGUCGGAUGUACGACGCUCCUUGCUCUCGGGUUGGGCACAUCUAUCGAGGCUAUGCUCCAUUCGGAAAUCCUAGGAAAAAAGAUUUCCUUUCCAGGAAUUACAAACGAGUUGCUGAAGUGUGGAUGGAUGAGUACAAAGAUUAUCUGUACAUGAGAGAUCGCAAGAAGUACGACAAUACGGAUGCGGGCGACCUCUCGAAACAACUGGCUAUUCGAGAAAAGCUGCAGUGCAAACCAUUCAAGUGGUUCAUGGAGAACGUGGCGUUUGAUUUGGUUGAAAAGUAUCCUCCAAUAGAGCCGCCAGAUUUCGCCAAUGGUGCCAUCCAGUCUGUGGCGAACCCGGCACUGUGUGUCGAUACACUGAAUCACGGAGAAAAGCAGACCGUUGGGUUGUUCUCCUGUGCCAGUGAUAAGGUACAACCGCAAGCCAAUCAAUACUUCCAGUUAUCUUGGCAUCGAGAUCUGCGGAUCAAAUUUGGCGAGCUUUGUUGGGAUGUGUCUGAAAGUGUUCCGAACGCGAAGAUCUUGCUGUAUCAUUGUCACGGCGGCCAAGGCAACCAAUUGUGGAGUUACGACGUUGAAAGUCAGAUGAUUAAGCAAGGCAAGAACAACCGCUGCUUGGACAUGGAUGACAGUCGGCGGGAAGUGUUUGUUAACCCUUGUAGUGCAGAUAACCCGAACCAGAAGUGGAAAUGGGGAUACGUUAAUAUGACGGCAAUCGGAAACUGGAAAACGUACGGUGCAAAAUUGAUUGACUGAGUUGGUUGUAGAUAAAUGAAACAAGUGACAUCACACGUUUAUUUUUGUGGACAUAAUAUGUCGGCGCUCAAACAAGACUUCCGUUAAAUUAUAUGUGAUAAAAGACUAUUCGAGCACUGCAACCCUAACAUUGUUUGCUAGGCUUAUUUGAGAGUGUGUAAUAUGGUUCUCUGCGAGGAAUUCCGCAACAUUCCGAAGUACAACUAUUCAAAUUCCAAUAAUUAACUUGCCAUGUAAGUCAGUUCUAUGGUUCCCUGCAAGACCCCCGCAUAACGAUAAUCAUAUCUUUACAUAUCUAGUCUGUAAGAGUUUAUCAGUGUAAGACACCGACCGUGGCGCCAGAUCUAGACAAUUCGAAAUGUUAGGUUUAUGUCCUUUGUUGCCACAUACACACAUUCCGAAGACAUAGAAAGUCAAAGCACUAUUUAAACAAUACAAGGAGAUUUCGGAAACGCCAAUACAAUAAAAAGGGAAGCAAUAAAAUGAAUAUUUUCAAACGAUAA